AUGAACAUUGAAGGUCAUGCCAGAAACUUUGAAACACAUGAACUACCAGCAAUGUUAGAUAAGAAAGCUGGCAAAGAACAUACACAUAAAUCCUUCACUACUGUUAGAGCAGACGACAUAAUAUUGAACUAUGAUUUGGGUUCAAGUGCGCCUUUAGAGAAUCCGAGUACAAGCGUAAAAGAUACUCUUAACAAUUUAGAUAACAGUUGCAGGAAUAUCGAAGGUCAUGCCAGAAACUUUGAAGCAUAUGAACUACCAGCAAUGUUAGAUAAGAAAGCAGACAAAACAGAGCUUCAAACAUUAAAGACUGAAAUACUUCAAACAUUAUAUCCUAUAGGCUCUAUUUAUACGUCAAUGAACUCAACAAAUCCAAAAACAGUUUUAGGUUUUGGUAUGUGGAAGCAGAUUGUAGAUAAAUUCUUAUACUGUGCUAGAUAUUCAAAGCAAACAGGAGGUUCGAAGAAAAUUAAAGAAGCAAACCUUCCACCGCACACUCAUACAGGAACUACAAACACAACAGGUAGUCAUUCACAUUCAAUAACAAAAAGAGGUUAUACAAAUCUUGCAGCAGGUUCGGAUAGACAGGGAAUGAAUAGAUAUGAUAUUUCAAGUGACCCAGUAGAUUCAAGCGCAGGUAUUUUCUGUGGAACCACAGGAAAUCAUUCACACACUUUCACAACAAAUCCAACAGGCUCGGGUGCAGAUUAUAUGCCACCAUUUGUGACUGUAUUUGCAUGGUACCGCGUUCAAUGA